AUGAGUUCCACCGAAAAUCUUGGCUUCUAUCCCACCUUAAACGACUCAAUGAAAGUCCCGUACGAGAUGUUCGUACAAGACUUCAUACGGGCUCAUGCUGGUUUGAGGGUAGACAAUAUAUUAAAAUUGGCACUAGAAGUUUGGAAAAUAUUAAACAACGAGGACAAAUUGCCAUAUUAUCAGAGAGCCAGGGAAAAGUCAAGCAAACGCAGCAGGUCCAAGGUGAGGAAAAAAUCUAGAAGAAAUCGUAAGAGAAAGCAUGAAUUUAGUGGACCCGGCCCUGACAUUUUUGAUGAUCCCACAUUUUUCCCCAAGAGACAACGCAUAUCACAUGAAAAUGAGAUAAAACAAGAGUUACUAGAUUUAGUAAUGGUUCCGGUCAACGUGCAGUGCAAUGAUGAGGUAAAGAGCAGGCUGACUAGAAGAAAGUCUUCAAAAGGUCGUAGAAAGUCUAAAAAAAGAAGUAAAGGAAAAAAGCGUAAAAGAAGCAGCUUUGCAUAUUCAUUUUCUGACAACGAGAAGACUGAGACUGAUUCGAAAAAAGCGGAGGAUAGUAGUUCGUCGAAACGACGUAAGCGGUCCAGUAAAAAGCGAAAGAAGAAGAGGAGGAGGAGAACCAAAUCAUAUAGCUCUAGAAAUACUAGCACAUCUGUAGAAGAAAAUGGAGACGAAAAAUCUGGUGAUUCCACCUCUGAAAAGCACAAAAUGGAAAAGGGGAAAUCGGCUGUGGACGACCAAAAAAAACCAAAAGGGAAAACGACAGCAAGUGAAGUAGCUAAACAACAAGAAUUAAAGAAAAUGAAUGGAAACAGGCAUGGUAACGGUGGAACCAAACAGGAGAAUGGUAAACCCCUUUGA